AUGGGGCUGCCCACGCUGGAGUUCAGCGACUCCUACUUGGACAGCCCGGACUUCAGGGAGCGCCUCAAGUGCCACGAGAUCGAGCUGGAGAGGACCAACAAGUUCAUCAAGGAGCUCAUCAAGGACGGCAGCCUCCUCAUCGGCGCGCUGCGCAAUUUAUCCAUAGCAGUGCAAAAAUUCUCACAGUCCCUGCAAGAUUUCCAGUUUGAGUGCAUUGGAGACGCUGAAACCGAUGAUGAAAUUAACAUUGCUCAAUCACUGAAAGAGUUUGCCCGGCUUCUGAUUGCUGUUGAAGAGGAGAGGAGGCGACUGAUCCAGAACGCUAAUGACGUGCUGAUAGCACCACUGGAGAAGUUCCGUAAGGAGCAAAUAGGAGCAGCAAAAGAUGGGAAGAAGAAGUUUGACAAGGAGAGUGAGAAAUAUUAUUCCAUUCUAGAGAAGCACUUAAAUUUAUCAGCAAAGAAAAAAGAAUCUCAUUUGCAAGAUGCGGAUACACAGAUUGACAGAGAACAUCAAAACUUUUAUGAAGCAUCAUUAGAAUAUGUUUUUAAAAUUCAAGAAGUACAGGAAAAAAAGAAAUUUGAAUUUGUUGAACCCCUUUUGGCAUUUCUUCAAGGAUUAUUUACGUUUUACCAUGAAGGAUAUGAACUGGCUCAGGAGUUUGCACCAUACAAGCAGCAGCUGCAGUUCAAUUUACAGAAUACCCGAAAUAACUUUGAAAGCACUAGGCAGGAGGUGGAGAGACUCAUGCAAAGAAUGAAAGCAGCCARCCAGGAUUACAGACCACCCAGCCAGUGGACGAUGGAAGGCUACCUUUACGUGCAGGAAAAACGACCACUUGGAUUUACAUGGGUAAAACAUUACUGCACUUAUGAAAAAGGAACAAAAACAUUUACAAUGUGUAUAACUGAAACAAAAUCAGGUGGAAAAGUGAAUGGCCUUGUCACCAGCCCACCAGAAAUAUUCAAACUGAAAUCUUGCAUCAGGAGAAAGACAGAUUCAAUUGACAAACGUUUUUGUUUUGAUAUUGAAGUGUUUGAGAGACCUGGAAUCAUCACACUGCAAGCUUUUUCAGAAUCCAACCGGAAACUUUGGCUUGAAGCUAUGGACGGAAAGGAACCAAUUUACACGCUGCCAGCCAUCAUUAGCAAGAAGGAAGAAAUGUUCUUAAAUGAAGCAGGUUUUAACUUUGUGAGGAAAUGUAUUCAUGCUGUAGAAACAAGAGGUAUUACAAUCCUGGGGCUGUACAGAAUAGGUGGUGUAAACUCCAAAGUGCAGAAGCUGAUGAAUACUAUAUUUUCUCCUAAAUCUCCUCCUGAUAUGGAUAUUGAUAUGGAGCUUUGGGACAAUAAAACAAUAACAAGUGGACUAAAAAACUACCUCAGGUGUCUUUCAGAACCACUGAUGACUUUCAAGCUGCACAAAGAUUUUAUUGUUGCUGUUAAAUCAGAUGAUCAGAACUACAGAGUUGAGGCAGUGCAUGCGCUUGUUCACAAGUUACCGGAGAAGAACAGAGAGAUGCUGGACAUCCUUAUCAAGCACCUGGUCAAGGUAUCAUUACACAGUCAGCAAAAUCUUAUGACGGUAUCCAACCUUGGUGUUAUCUUUGGACCAACUCUGAUGAGAGCCCAAGAAGAAACUGUGGCUGCUAUGAUGAACAUUAAGUUUCAGAAUAUCGUCGUUGAAAUUCUGAUAGAGCAUUAUGAAAAGAUAUUUCACACUGCACCAGACCCCAAUAUUCCUCUUCCUCAACCACAGUCCCGUUCAGGUUCAAGAAGGACAAGAGCAAUUUGUCUCUCCACAGGUUCACGUAAACCUAAAGGAAGAUACACACCUUGUCUAGCAGAUCCUGAUAGUGACUCCUACAGCAGUAGCCCRGACAGCACUCCCAUGGGCAGUGUCGAGUCUCUCUCUUCCCACUCCUCAGAACAGAACAGCACCAGCAAGUGUGCGCCCUCGCAGCCCAGGGAGAAAUCAGGAGGGAUCCCAUGGAUUGCUUCUCCCCCCUCUUCUAAUGGCCAGAAGAGUUCAGGCCUUUGGACUACAAGUCCAGAGUCCUCAUCCAAGGAGGAUGCGACCAAAACAGACGUGGAGUCAGACUGCCAAAGCAUAGCGUCUGUUACUGGGCCAGAGGGUGCCCCUUCACCAAUAGAUCUCACCAAAAAGAGUCCUUACAGUCUGUCUGGCCUGAAAAGAUCAUCGGCUUCUUCCCUCAGAUCAAUUCCAUCAGCUGAAGGUAACAAAAGCUGCAGUGGAUCUAUACAGAGCUUAUCUUCCAUAGAAACCAAAGAUACACCAAAGGCUUCACCAAACCCCGAUUUGCCACCAAAAAUGUGCAGGAGGUUAAGAUUGGAUACUGCAUCAAGCAAUGGCUAUCAAAGACCAGGAUCUGUAGUGGCUGCAAGAGCUCAGUUGUUUGAAAGUGCUGGUUCAUUUAAACAAGUUUCUUCAGGACGGCAAGCAAAAGCCAUGUAUUCCUGCAAGGCUGAGCACAGUCAUGAGCUGUCUUUCCCACAAGGGGCAAUAUUUUCCAAUGUGUAUCCGUCAGUGGAACCAGGCUGGUUAAAAGCAACUUACGAAGGGAAAACAGGGCUGGUUCCUGAGAAUUAUGUUGUCUUCCUCUAGUAACUUAUAGUGGACAGCAAAAUCUUCAUGGUAUCCAUGGUAACAAAUAAUAAGCACUAUGAUUUUUAUCUGACACAGAUAUGGGAUCAGCCGGUUAGCCAGGUGGUAGAUUUCCUUCAGAUACUGCAGCCGCUCCCUGUCAGCAGAACAGAAUGUGAGGAAACAGUUAACAGUUACUGUGCUGAAGAGGGUACUGUGUUUAAAUACCUUCUAUUGUUUGCAAAAGGUUGUUCUGUUCUUCUUUUAUGGAUAAGGAACACUAGGGCAAUAAAAUCAAAAAAGUGACCAUUUAGCUGCAGACCAUCAGGUUCUAGGAUGUUGCUCACAAAAGUGUGAAAUUUAGAGGUAAUGCACUCUGUGAUAUUUCUUGCAAUCUAUGGGUUUAGUAUGUAUUUUUUUCAUUUUGUGUAUGUGUGGGGUAAGUAAUGUUUUUAUUGUGAUCUGAAUUCUCCCUUGGAAAACUUGAUUCUGAGAUCAGUCCUAAUCAUUUCAAAUAAGAAACAAGUUUUCCAUAUACAAGAAGUUCAAACUGAUGUUAGCCAGUGAGAUCACAAUAUAUUACAGAAUUUAUGUAACUGAUAAUGAAAUCAGAUUAUACACUGACUGAGCAGGAAGUGCUCAUCCCAAAUGUGAUGCGUUUAAUGAAUGUUUCAUUCUUGUACUUCUUAGAUUUAUUUCUUCCUUUCCAUAUCAUUAUAAAUAAUAAUAAUAAUAAUAAUAACUUAAUAUUUCUAUGUUACCAGUCAUCCUGAAGAUGUUCUCAGUGAAUCUCAGAACAACAGCUGUAGAAAGCAAGGAGGUGCUAAAUCUGAGGGAUUGGUAGUUACAUGAAGUGAAUGAUGAGAAACGACGCAAUGUGUUUUGAAACCUAAGAUAAAGUGUAACUGCCUCCCUUUCAAGUUUUUCCAUUGCUAAUAAGACAAAUGKCCUGCAAAGUAGUUUAUUUUGUAAGCUAUGAAUGCUGAAAGCUCCGUCUAGCAAUGAARGUUUUAGUAUUAUUUUUUCUGACUUCCACUGAACUAUUUGGCAAAGAUUUCUCUCCUCCCACAGAAGAAAAAACCUACUUGCUAAAGGUUUUACAAAUAACCGUUGAUUGUUCCUAGUAGGAAAAGAAAAUAAUUAGUAUUUAAUUGCAUAUAUUUUCUUAGCAAAAAAAGAUUACUUUAAAAAAGCUGCAGUAAAAAGCAAGCACAUCAAUAUUCCUUUGUUAAAGAAUGAAGUCCAUAAAAAGGGAGCAAAGAACACAAGAUAGGCAAUAUAGACAAAAAUGAGACACACGUGCGCUGCUAGAAUACUUGAAAGUCCACUCCUUCAAGCUCCCCUUCAUAAAACCUUUAAUUACAUCUGAAUUUCCAGUCAAUAAUUCUUAUUUCUUGGAAUGCCAGCCAAAUGCUUCAUGACUUAAAACCC